AUGUCGUACAUCAUCUACGUGCGUGGCGUUCCCCAACCAUACAUCACCAACGAUCCGAGAAUCUACAUCGACUGUCUAAAACUACUCAAGUGGGAGUGCGAAUCACGGCCAUUCCACGAUGCAUUCUGCAAGGAGCUCCGGGCAAAUGAGGAUGAGCAAUCCUUGGCUGACAGGCGUCGUGAUCAACUUGAGGCCUUCUAG